GUUUGCUUGUUGUUGUCAGUAUUAACUAGUGCUUAUUCUCAAGCGGUGGACUGCUGAAUGUUUAUUCAAUAACGAUGAUACAAAAUUAAUGUGUUUCGCGUUUUACGUGUGUGGACCAUUACAUUAAAGAAUCGAUAGAUGUUUAAUUGACAAAAACAUACAGUUUUGUGCACAAGAAAAUUUGUUUGGUAAUAAAGAUUGUGUAUUACUCAUAGUCGGAAACUUCCAUUGAUUUACGUGUUCAAAACAUUCAGGUUAUGGUAGUGCAAGUGUAUUUACAGUCACUCAGAACGAUUGCAAACAGAUAUAUUUACACUUUAAAAAGUAUUGGUAUAUUUUUUAACUGAAAAUACGUAAAGAACUUAAUGUGUCAUUUGUCUAUUGGACAUUGAAAUAGUGUUUUUAGGGCAUGUGAUCACGAUGGUGGAGUUGACAAUUUCUGUUUGAAACGUUUGUUCGGUUGUGGUCCAAAUUUGCAUUUCGAAAAUUGAUUUCGGAGCGUGAAAAGACAAGGGUAGUGUCAGGGCGAGUUGUGCGGUGGCGUCCUUGGAGUGUUGCAGUCAGAGUAGAUUUAUGAAGGCUUAAAUCCGAUACCCUACUCGAUUUCGGGACGCGCGGGUUCAUAUUUUUAAAUUUCUGAAAUACGACCGCGAGGCAAUGAAAUUGAAAAUAACGUAAUGGAAUCGAUGGUGUCGGAUUUAUUUUGCCCUUAGUCGCGUCGCGGUGCGGGACAUGACGUCUAAAACAACUUAUCGACGAAUUGAUGGCACGAUAGGGGACGUGGAACAAUAUCAACAGACGGAUGCCCUCACUGUGGAAUUCCAUGUGCAAAACCGAAUAAUGGGGGAAUCAGUGUUUCAAGAAGAAUGGACAUUCAGAUGUCGUCAAUCUGGGACGAAGUCAAUUCGAGGGAUGUGCACGAUGUUGAAAUGGAAUAACACCAUACAAUACACGACCAGGUAUUUUUGGGACACCAUUUCGGACCAAGUAGGGCAAGGGGCUUGGGUCCUUUCUGAGAAAAAGCGGAACUAAACUUUAAGUCAAUAAUAAAAAAUACAAUACAGCAUAAAGAAUAAAAGAGAGCAUUGAGGCUAGUUUGUAAAAUCUUGUAGCAAAAACUCUUUAUAUACAGUGUGUCCCAAUCUACAGGUACCACAUUUUUGUUCUACCAUAUACAGACUGACCGAUUGAUAAGGAAAUUUUAUGAAGUUGAACUGUUGAUAUUGAAAAAGUAUCAAGCAUAGCACUGUUGCAAUUUUAUCUAAAACAUGCUUUCAAAAUGGAGAAGAAUUGAAUGUCAAAACUUGAAUCUUGAAUCAUGAAAAAAUCUAAAAAAUUAAACUGAUUGUAUAAAAUAGGGUCUGUUGCAACUUGGCUGAAAUUCGUAAGUACGCAAAGAAUAUAGAGAUAUGAUAGACUAAAUGCAGGUAAAUUUCAACAAAUUUCAUUUUACUUGACCGUUGUUUCACGAAACUUUGAGUUCUUCAAAAGUAAUACCUCAAUAAACUGUUUUCUUGAUGAAACAAUCAUCAUGUGAUAGAAAAUUUGUUGGCAUGUUCAGUUUUCAAUUAGUGUAUCAUCUUUUUUAAAGAUAUUAUCACUAAACUAUGUGGCGGAGCCCUUACAUAUUAGCAAAAAAGUUUGAAACUAAAAUGAAAUAUGAGCAACCUUUUUGUUAAAAACUCCGACAAAUAUUUCGCCAGCUAAAUAUAUCUUUAAAGAAGAACGAUGGUUACUUAUUUAUCGUUUUGUAUUGAAACUUUUAAGAGUUUUAUUUGGAGAUACAAUGAUCCAACACUCAUCGUGAAAGGGGAUUAAUGUUUUUGAAGUAUGGGAUGCAAGAAGAUUAAAGUGUAAUUCCGAAUUAGCUCAAAUUAAUACACAUUGGUGAAAUUGGUGUUAGGUAAACGCACAUGGUGCCAACGAAAAAACGAAAUAAAAACAUUCAUGACUGUUGGUUCCGAAAACAAAUAGAACAAUGAAGUCACCCUAAGUUGGUCGCUCUGAAUCAUAAAUUGCAUCGAGGCAGACAGUUUCGGCAGGCGUAGUGUAGGUACAGAUCGAAGGACGUGUAUGUACGUAUGCAUGUAUAUGUGUAACUUUCACAGCCUGUCGAUUGACCGAUACCCCAAUAAAUAAGAUGAAAAAGCCGUCAAUGGGUGGGGGCGGCUCAUGCAGCACGAAGCAGCUGCCGAAAUAAAAGAGCAACGCGGUGAACCUUAGGGGGUAGCAACCCCUCCUGCCCGAUCCGGCUUUUCGGGAAUAGUUGACAAUGUUUAACAUUUAUCCGAACGUGCCAAAGUCGUGCCAAACCGGACACGGCGGGGUGACAAACUCCAUAGCAAGCAAGCACCCUCGGCAGUGAAUUGCAACCACCCUUCGCGUACGUUUCUAUACCGAGAUUGCAGCCAUUAAAAUGAGUGCUUCGACACACGAAUUUUGGAACGGUUACGAAUAUCGGUAUCCGACUUACGACGCGCCGCAGAAUUACGAAAACGACCCUCAAAAAACCGCCCCCGGUGCAGUUAAAGUGAAAAGUGAGUUCCCGGAAGAAUGCGAAAGAAACACAUUAAACCAACCCUACUAUCAGCCUAAUUUCGCUUUACAACCACCUGAUUUACCUUACAAUUUAUUUAGUGGUAAUAAGUGUGAAAUUUAUAACAGCAUUAACCGACCCUUAAAUGCCUACCAACAAUUUCAAGACUUCUGGAAUCAAGAGGUCACAUCUACAACGCUAAUCUCCAAAGAAUUACCAUGGAACAGUGCUUCAUUGCAAACUCAAAAGUUUAGAGACUGCAAAGAGUGGAACGGUGACGAAAUACAAGAAGAUCUUUGGGCUCAUCAUGCGGUUCCUUCCCGUCAGGAUAAGUGUAAAGGUGGUGUUAGUGAAGUGAACGAUCAAAGAGAUUCUCCAGCCCUAAGGGCGCUUCUCGAAAGGAAACCGGUUGAAUUUGUACCAAAUAGAACAGGUGUAGCACAACAGAAUUAUUUUACCGAUAGUAGAGAUACCGUUAUCGACUCUAACAUGGAUUUAAGCUCAUCGUCUAUGUCGCCUUUGCAAAAUCUACAGAAGGAUAAUUUAUCACCUGGCAGAUUCGAAGGAAAGGAGAAAGCUGACACGUCUUCGGAAGAUAAUAGCGUGUGCAGUCCCAACGCCGGUACCGUACCACCAAUUCAUGGCAAUAUUUUUCCCUGGAUGAAAACUGGAGUUGAAAAUGGAAACGUUACGUCAAAAAGAACCCGUCAAACUUACACCCGUUAUCAAACGUUAGAACUCGAAAAGGAAUUCCAUUUUAACAAAUACCUAACAAGAAGAAGACGUAUCGAAAUAGCGCACGCGUUGUGUCUGACAGAACGUCAAAUCAAAAUUUGGUUUCAAAAUCGUCGUAUGAAAGCCAAAAAGGAUCCUAAUAAAUUCGGAACUGUCGAAUCUUACAGUGGUGGCGAAGACAUUAACAUGAACAACGAUCAAGGUUUAGUGGAUCAGGGAACACCUUGUGUCACUCAAACGUGCCCCUCUCCUCGAGAUAUAUCAACGAUGGGUCAGAACGGUAACCCAUUUGAUAAUAUUGCAAGACCCAUGACUCAGUUUAGGAAUUUACCCGGACCACCAUGCUUAUCGUGAACAAUCAAAAUUUUUAUAGUAUUAAUUAAUAAAUAGUUACGUUCCUAUAUGAUUUGCCAAAUCGAAUUUUAUAUUUAUAUAUAAAUAAUACAGAUAAAUAUAUAUUGUAGUAGUUUAAUUUCAAAUAGA